AUGCUUGGUCAUCAACAUUCAUCUUUGCAACUCGCACAUUAUGCAUAUCUACACGUUCAACUCGGAAUCAAAACUUUAGAUGGCGCACGUCACGACGAAGCCGCUGACUAUUUCACUGCCGCUCUCAACCGCCGCGAUUUAUCAUCGAAAUCGAACAUUCACGAAAUAUACGAGGAUUUGGUGGUGGAGUACAUCUGUCCAUCCGAAGCAGAAGACGUUAUUCGAAGAGCAGUUUGGAUUGAACUCAGCAACGCCCCCCUUUGUCUGCUCAACACCUCUACGGGUCUUUUGUGCGACCGAGCAGCACAGCUAAACUCUUUCAAAACAACUCCAGAGUACAAGGAGCUUUUGUCAUCCAUAACGAAGCGUUCAGAUCUCCGAAUGGAACGCAUCAAGGAAGUGGUGGCGAUGCACUUCCGUUGCGUCCUGCUAUCACACAGGUGGGAAGAGACGGAGGCGCUGCUGCACGACAUCCAGGACAAAGUCAUGUACGAGCUGAAUGGACUUGGUGGCAUCGCGUGGAUGGAUACAUGCUGCAUCGAUAAGAGCAACAACGUCGAGCUUGAAGAACCAGUCAACUUCAUGUUCGUCUGGUACCGCCACUCAACGCUCACCACCAUCCACCUAUCUGACGUCCCUCCUUCAUCCCAGUCCGGUGCACUGGCGAGUAGUGUUUGGAACGAACGAGGAUGGGCCUUUCAAAAAUUCGUCGCUCCGAAAGUCGUUAUAUUUUAUCAGAAGGACUGGUCUUUAUAUCUCGACGAUCGCUCUCCCAACCACAAAAGGUCCCCUGCAAUCAUGAAGGAAUUGGAGGGUGCGACGGGAAUAGGUGCACAGGCCCUGAUCUCCUUCCAUCCAGGGAUGAGAGGCGCUCGAGAGAAAUUGCAAUGGGCAUCAAGAUGUGUCACCACCAUGCAGGAAGACAUCAUGUACUCGUAUCUUUAGCGUUCAUCUGCC